AUCCGAUUUUUUUUUUUUUUACCCAUUAGACCGAUGUUGUUUAACCCAUUGUAGUUCGGACCGUAUGCAGGUGUUUUUGACUCGGUUUCGUAAGCGGGGGUACCUUAGUUUGCUGACUGUACAGUGCAGUCUACGUUGUCUGGUGUCUGACCACUUUUGUCCGGCUUACCAAAUCCCAAUUCAAAUGUACAAACGUGAAAGCACAAUUCAUAGUUAUUAUUAAUGGUGGGCUGGUGGGCUGUAACACACGUUUUCCCCUGAGCUCUACACGAUUUCAGCUUUGCGUGUAGAUUAUACUUGCAGAAAUACGGUUCAGAGCGGGUUUCUGAUUGAUUUCUAGAUCGCCUUUGCUAUAUGGAAUAAUACUCUCUGUUUAUACCUUGCACGAAUAGUUCUGCUAAAGUUUGUCCUGAAAGUUGGCAGGAGAGCGUAUACGCUCGACGCAUGCGCGCUGACCGCACUCUCCAGCACCAAAUGAGAGUUGCAGAGAAACGAGACGUUCCCUGAAAGAUGGCAGAAAAGCCCCCAGCAGAUACCUCAAGCUCGGAGACGGACUUCGACAUGAUGAGCGCCUUGGACUGGCAGAACGGCAUUGCCACCCUUCCUGGCAGUGACAUACGGUUUCGUAUGAAUGAAUUUGGAGCUCUCGAGAUCGUUACAGAUGGGGAGAUGGAAGCUGUGCAGGCAGCUGCCAUGGCAACAGAGUCUUCAGACCCCUCUCCUGCAGACAAGCCCACCCUGCCUGUGGAGGGCGCUGCAGGCGGCACAGCUGUCGUGGAGUCUGCAGAGCCCGUGCUCCUGGCCCCCAGCAUCGUCACCCCAGAGGAGGCUCCCAGUGUGGAGGUGGUGUCCUGUGGGGCCUGCGGGGCCUCUGGCACCUUCGAGAACUUCAUCGAGGGCAAGUUCUGCAGCAAGGCCUGCAUUCAGUCACACAACAACAGCAGCAGCAGCAGCAGAGCCAGCCCGGUGGAGCAGAAGAAUGGAGAGACGGCCAGCAAUCCCAGCAACGAGAGCGCGCAGCCCCUGAAACGCAUCCGCAGGAAGAGGAAGCUCCUCACGGAGUCGGACGAUGAGGAGGUGGAGAAUCCAGAGGAGGAGGAGGAAAAGUCCAAAGUUGGAAAAGGACGCAGAGCAGCCAAGCAGACAAAGCCAGUGGCCACGGCCCCUGGGAAGAAGAAGGUGUGGAGCUGGCCAGCUUACCUGGAGGAGGAGAAGAUGAUCGCUGUGCCACUGAAACUCUUCAAGGAGCACCAGUCGUUCCCUCAGAGCCGCAAUGGGUUUAAAGUGGGUAUGAAGAUGGAAGGGCUCGACCCUCUUCACCCUUCCAUGUUCUGCGUGCUGACUGUGGCUGAGGUGCAAGGCUACAGGAUCCGGCUGCAUUUUGACGGAUACCCGGAAUGCUAUGACUUCUGGUUGAACGCAGACUCCUGGGAUGUGAAGCCAGCAGGCUGGUGUGAGAAAACCGGGAACAAGCUGCUUCUUCCAAAGGGUUGCAAGGAUGGCGAGUUUAACUGGAGCACCUAUGUGAAGAACUGCCGGGGUCAGACAGCCCCUAAGCACCUCUUCAAGAGCCUCAACACAUCCGUGACGCCCUCGGGGUUUCGGCCGGGGAUGAAGCUGGAGGCAGUUGAUAAGAAGAACCCAUCUCUGAUCUGCGUAGCCAGCAUCGCCGCCCUGGUGGACAACCGGCUGCUCAUCCACUUCGACAACUGGGACGAGAGCUACGACUACUGGUGUGAAGCCAGCAGUCCCUACAUUCACCCUGUGGGCUUCUGUCAGGAAAUGGGGUUAACCCUUACCGCGCCAGCAGAAUACAAGCACCCGAAAAGCUUCUCCUGGGAGAAAUACUUAGAGGAGACCGGAUCCCAGGCAGCCCCGGCAAGAGCCUUCAAACAGAGACCCCCCCAUGGCUUCCAAGAGAACAUGAAGCUGGAGGCCGUGGACAAGAGGAACCCCAUGCUGAUCCGCGUCUCCACCAUCGCUGCCACAGAGGAACAUCGCCUCAAGAUCCACUUUGAUGGCUGGAGCCAGGAGUAUGAUUACUGGGUGGAUGCAGACUCCCCCGACAUCCACCCUGUCGGCUGGUGUGCCAAGACUGGGCACCCCCUGCAGAACCCACUGGGACCGGUAGACUCCACCGCUCCCCCGGGACAGGGCUGCCCCACGCAGGGGUGUCACGGAAUCGGGCACAUCAAGGGACCCCGCUACGGAACACACUACACAGCGGUAAGCUGCCCGUACUCUGAUGUCAACCUGAACAAGGAGGGGCUGCUUCAGGACCGUCUGAUUGGAGAGAAGCCGCCCGCACUGGCAGGGCCACAGAAAGCAAAAAGAGUGGAAGUGCCGACGCCAGUGAGCGUGCCAGCACCCACCGUGCCAGAGCCCUCGGACGACUCGCCACAGUCCAGGAAGUCGUGGAGCACAGAGAGCGAGCGGUCAGGCCGCAGCAGUGUCCAGAGCCUCCCUGAGCAGACGCAGAGCUCCGAGGAGAGGACAGAGGGCACCAGAGAGCCCAGCGAGAACAGCAUCAAGGCCAAAAAGAACGGUCCUAUUCCCAAAUGUUUGAAGCUGCACCUGGUAAAACAAGAGCUGGGAGAUGGAAAAGAGACAUCGCUGAGUCUGCAGGAGGCGCUCCACGAAUCAGUGUUCAUACCUCCUUUCUCCUCGAACCCUGCUCACCGCAUCCAGUUGUGCUGGGAGCAGCACUGCAAGUUGCUGCCUGAGGUGCUGGGGCUCACCGCCAAGGGAGUGGCAAAGUGGACCACCGAGGAGGUGGCCAGCUUUGUUCAGGGAUUGCCUGGAUGUAGAGAACAUGCUCCCGUUUUCAGGAAUGAACAGAUAGACGGGGAGGCUUUCCUCCUGCUGACCCAGGCGGAUAUCGUGAAGAUCCUGGGCAUCAAGCUGGGGCCGGCGCUCAAGAUCUACAACUCCAUUCUCAUGUGCAAGAGCGCUGACGAGGAGUGAGGCGGGCAGGUUAAUGAACUCUGAGCGAGCAAACACAACUGGAGCUGCUAGAACACUGCAUCCCUAGAGAAAAGAACAAAACACCCAGACCCCACUUACACUGACUUCUCAUACAAGGCCCUCCCUAAGAGAAACUCAGACGCCAUGUAAACUGUCCAAUACAGCCCAUCACUUAAACAGGAGGAUGAAAAGCACACAGGCAAUACUGUUACAGGUGAAGUCCCUGUGUGUCUGCACUGAUGGCUUUGUUCUGUACCUCUUUUAAACACCAGAGGGUGGUGGAGGGCUGUUUUGAAGUAAACGCAAGUGCAAAGACACAUUUUCAAAGAGGAACAAAACCAGUGAGACACAAAUCAGAACAAUAACUUACUUGCUUCUUCCUCAUACAAAGAGCUUUCUUGCUUGUUUUAAACUAUUGCAAUUGCCUUUGCACUUGAUUCCAAUUGGGGAGGUAUGAAUCAAACCUGCUAUCAAUUCUGGAUUUUGAGUCAUCAUUUGUCAUCUUAUUGACAGCAUCCACUGUUAUCAUUCAUCGGAGACCGUGUGGAAUAGUUCACUUCUCUGAAACUGUCAAUGUGCAAAGAGUAUUCAGCAUAUGAGAGGGAUAACCUUAUGCACACAAAAUGAACUUACGUUUAUUUCAUUUUAAAUAGUAAGUCAGAUGUCAUUGUACUUGCUUUUUUACAUUUCCCUUACUGUUUGGUAUUUGCAAUCAUUACCCCUCUACCAGACCCCUGCCCCAUCGACUCUACAAGUACAUAGACAGAGACUAGGUGGGCUACUAGAGUUGAAAGGUCAUAUUGUCACAUGAUGUGAAUGGAUGAGGAAGUCUGCUCAGUCCUGGCACAUAGGAUUCUCCAUACAAGCUCAAAGCCAGGUACAGGCAGAUUUAGAGUGAAAAAAAUAGAGAACUCAAUAUUGUAGCAACAGACUCCAGAACUACGCAGAACGAUUGCAACAUCAUCAAAUAGUUAAGAAUGUAAAAAAAAUCAAUUUAAAUGACGUUUGACAAACGGUAGGCAAGCGUUUCGUGAAUUGAAUCAAACAGAAAGAGCGUUACAGAAGUAAGGUGGGCGUUUGAAAGUUUUUCUUAAAGGGAUCACUGUUUUCACUCUGUAUAAAGUUUGACUGGCUGCUCAGAGCCCUAGGGGCCUGUUUUCCCAAACUUUGUGUCAGUUAUACGGUUCUACAAUUCACUUUGGAAUUCAUAUAGCGCCUUCCACGACAAUUUCUUCCCAAGGCACUUUGCAAGAGUCAUAAUUCAAUCUUUUGAACGCAAUUAAAAACAUAUUUAACUAUUAUUUUUAAAUCUCCCAUACAUCCCAACUCAUAAAUAACUAACAAGUCACAAACUUAAUUAAUUAGGAAAAUGUCUUUUCUGAAGAAAUGCCAUUUGAACACCGUCAUAGACUAUGAAUCUCACAGGAAGCGUCAGGGGAUUUCAGGGAUUCUGGGUAAAAAUAAACCCUUAAAGAGUAAAUAACUUCAGAUGUCAUUUGAGUGUCUGUAGCUCUGUUACUCCAGGUUUAACUUGUAUUUAUUUAAGUUGUCUGGCUUUCAGAAAACUUUCCUUCCUUCUAAAUGAUGCUAUAAUUUCAUCAUUGAAUUCAAUAUGAAACACCACAGGCAUAGCAGCAGGUAAUACAUUGGGUUUCCUUGGAAUUUGCAGCCAUUAUUUUAUAGUGUAAAAGAUACAACUAUAGCAACUCUGAAUCUCUCUGAAUGAUUGCAAAGAUCGUAAAAUGGUAAGGGAACAAUUUAAGAGAGAAAUUCAAACUAAAUGAAUGUAGUUUGGAAACCCAAGGCAGGGUGCCAGGCCCCUGCAAGUUUUCUUAUUUUGGACAUAGGGGACCACAUCUUAGCCAGACAUACUGGAGCAAGCAAAGCCGAAUGCUAAAAUACAUUCUAAAUGUAUUCCCAGGAGCCUGUUCUGUGAAACCACAACGCAGUGGUUUGCAACAAUGAAAAGGCAGAUUUAGUGUCUUGCUGAAUAUAAUUAUUAUUAUUAUUAUUAUUAUUAUUAUUAUUAUUAUUAUUAUUGCGAUUGAAAAGCAAGCUUUUUAGUUUGUUCAUAAUAAAUAUAUAUAUAUAUAUAUAUAUAUUACACACACGUUUCAGUGUGUAGAGGAUUUUGAACGAGCAACUGGAAAGUUGUCUUUAUUAUAUACAUAUAUAUAUUUAUUAAAAGUAAUAACUAUGGUAAUUAACUUUUGAAUGGCAGAAAUCAUUUUCCAGGGUAAUAACAGGCAAUGCUGACUCUACAGUUGAGUUUCUGAUCCCACAACAUGCAAGCCUCUUAAAAGAGUGAUUACCAGGCAUUUAAAGAAAAUCGAUUUUCUCUUCUUUUACUGGCGUCAGCAACAUUUAAUUUCAUCAGCUUUGCAACCAAGCUCAUUUUUGUCUUGGAUAAGUGGACUAUUUGCUUCAAAAUAUCAUCCAAAAUUUGCUUUCAAAAUAUCACACUUCUCGCCACUUGUCAGACCUCCCCCCACCUUACCCAAGCUGUGGCACUGACUGCUGCUCUAUUGCUUUGUGAUGCCUGUGUAUGAACCAUGAGUUCACUUCCUGUGCAGCAGGUAUUAGAACCGCACCUGAGCCCUGUGUUCUAGUGGUGUUCUAAUACCUGCUGCACAGGAAGUGGACUCGAUGUUGUAGCAGGUUAAAGAGCCUCACAAGGUUCAAAGUAGAAAUAAAAUCAUUUGGUUGUUAUUUCUUUAAGUAGAGUUUAUUAUAAACAUCACACCUUAUUCUGGAUCACUUCAAGCUGCACUGUCCAGACAAUCAUGCACCAUUUUAAACUGAUCCCUUAGUGUUCUAUAGUUCAUUCUUAGGUAACAAUUCUUGACUAACGCUAUUACAUGACAUUUGCAUGUUCUUUUUUUCUUUAGGUGUUAUGUAAGGGACAACUUUGUGAAACAUUUAAAAACCGAGUGAGACACUGCACCUUUUUAAAACAUUUUUUGUUGUUGUUUUUCAUCUGUGAAAGUCUUUUGAACAUCUUUGCCGAGAGGAUUUGCACACAAAUUCACCGUUCAAAUCCUAAUCCUCCUAACAAAGCCUUCGUGAAGAGGCCCUUCUUUUAAAAGUGUCACCACAAGCACUUUGAGAUUUAGUAAUGGAGUUUAGCUGGGGAUGCUCAGUGAGCUGCAAUUUUGUUCGUGUCCAGUAGACAGCGCUGUUGUACAGUUCCACAUAAACCAUUUGUUAAAUGCUUGUAUAUGCUGUUGUAUUGUAUUUUUGUUGUUGUUUAUGAAAUGUGUAUUUAAAAACAACAAUACUUCCGCAAAUUGAAUGUUUAAAAAAGCCUUCCAUAUUCAGAAUCUGCCUCACACAAAACCUGUGAAUUAGUUUAGAGAGAAGGAAGGCAGGACUUUUAUACUUUGUUUUUAUAUUUAAUGUACUUAAAUAAGACACAGACAUAGGAAUGACAAUGUAAGUAAAACACAUGCUCUAAGCAGCUAUACCUCGUCAUAUUAUAGUUUCAGAGCAAGGAUAUUUUAUUUACACAUCGUUAUUCUAAAUGAGAUGUUCUGUAUACAAUGGAUUGCUGGGUAUAUUCUGUAUGAAAUGUUUUUUGUUUGGGGGGGUAUUUACUAUUAUUAAUAAUUUGUCCACAGGACUAUAACUGUUUUUGUGUAAAUGCUAAUGCAAAGAUCUACAAUGUAUUGAACCAGCAGCUUUAGAGAGGGGUUUGAAAGGGGAAUCUAAGCAUCUGCUCCUGGUAUUUCCUGCAUACAUUUUGCAGAACACAGAGAUGUACUAAACAGUAUAGCAAGCUCUGAUUUCUCCUUUCCAAGAAAUACUGCAGUUCUCUUUAAAAUAAAUAAAUGAAAGCGCAGUUACAUGAUUUUUCCACAAGGUGGUACUGUGAUAAAAGAAAAAUCCUUUACAAAUAAAGGUACAUUAAAAACAA